AUGCCCGCGCCGCUGGCUCAUCCAAUGAAGAACUUUACGCUAAAGCGCACAAGUAUACUAAGCUUGGAGUACGAACGAGCAAAAUGUAUCCUGAACGAAGCAUGUGAAGCUGACGGAGCGAAAUGUGUUACUGAGGCUGUUGUUUUAUACACACAGGCAAUUGAGCUGCUUAUUAAAAUCGUAAGGCUCCUGUUGUAUGCUAAACUCUUGCUGCUGUUCAGCGUUCUCAGUCGACUGACGCUGCCUUUAAGGAACGAUUCUUCUUCGUUUCUUUCAGAGCAAUCGGGCUCGGGUUACUCUAAAGAAGAACUGCGCGUACUGAGAUCUACAUCAACAAUUAAUGGCCGCGACGACAGUGAUGGAAUGCUGGCAUUAUCACAGAAGCAAAGCUCUGUGCUUUCUCGUUGGGUCCGCCCAAGUGACUUUGCGCCCAAUCCCCAGAUGAUCAUGGCUGUUUCAUGCUUUCCAAUACGGCAAACAGUUGUCACGGACUGUUCUUUUGUGGCCUCCAUGGCUGUCGCGGCACAGUACGAAAGACGUUUCAACAGACGACUCAUAACUAACAUUAUCUACCCACAGAAAGCGAACGGAGAACCAGUGUACAACCCGUGUGGGAAGUAUAUGAUAAAACUUCAUCUGAAUGGCGUGCCUCGUAAGGCAAGUGUAAUUGUAGAUGACUUCCUCCCAAUGGGAUGCAACGAUGAACUUCUCUGCUCCUUUUCAAUGAAUAGGAAUGAGCUGUGGGUAUCCCUCUUGGAGAAGGCGUACAUGAAAGUCAUGGGUGGAUAUGACUUUCCCGGAUCGAAUUCUAACAUCGACUUACAUGCUCUCACCGGCUGGAUACCUGAACGAAUUCCCAUCAAGCCCUCAACUGGCUUUUUUAAUGCCGACCGGGAAUUCCGCCGUCUGGCCUCAAGGUUCCAUCAGGGACACUGCUUGGUGACAGUCGCCACGGGCGUUCUCUCACCAUCGGACGAGACUAGAUCUGGCUUAGUGCCAACCCAUGCCUACGCGCUCUUGGACAUGCAGGAAGUCGGUAAUAUUCGUCUCCUUCUUUUGAAAAAUCCGUGGAGUCGAACUAAAUGGAAGGGGAAUUACUCCGACCAGGACAAGGAGCACUGGACGAAGGAGAUGCAGAAACGCCUGAAUUUCGAUGUUAAUGUGGCCCAAUAUGUAGAUAACGGUGUCUUUUGGAUUGACUACAAUUCGCUCUGUCACUUCUUUGACGUGUUUUACAUCAAUUGGAACCCGGAUCUAUUCGCACACACCACAUGCGUUCACAGUGAGUGGUCCGCAGCCACCGGGCCCAAGAAGGACAUCUACUCUUACGCCAACAACCCACAGUACAAGCUCGAAGUGCGGGCAAAGACGGAGGCUUCGGUCUGGAUUCUACUCACUCGCCACAUAACUAACAAGAACGACUUUGCCAACAACAAUGAAUUCAUUGCUGUCGUGGUGUACAAGGACAUAUCUGGCCGCAAGGUUUAUUACCCCAAUGAUCCCGGCCCUUACAGGGACAGUGUUCGCAUCAACAGUCCUCAUUGUCUCAUACAGAUGGUGCAGGAGCCGGGCACCGCGACCUACACUCUAGUAGUCUCUCAGUACGAAAAGAAUAUGACUAUACAGUAUACCCUACGCGCCUAUUCAACAGCGCCAAUUUCCCUCACGCCCAUAAAGGAUCCCUAUACUUGCUCGAAGACUAUAACUGGAGCGUGGAAGGAUGCCAACGCUGCUGGCUGUCCGAACCACAACAACUUUGAGCUCAAUCCCACUUAUGAGGUUAGCCUCAAUAACAAUGACGGUGAUAACCAACUCCUUAUUGAGUUGCGAGGCCCGAAGGACUUUGCUGUCGGUUUCCAGUUGUCUGUCAUCUCUCUGACUGCCACGCCUAUCAACCAGCAUGAAAGGAUGUCGACUGGCAGUUACCGGCGCGGCUACACCAUGAUGGAACUUGCUGGACUGGCUGGUGGGAAGUACCAGUUGAUUGUGGCAACCUUCGAGCCCCGACAGGAGGGCCCUUUCAUCAUAAAUCUUCGAUCGCUGCGUCCUGUCGAAAUAAGAUGUAUCAAAUAA